AAAAAAUAAAAAAUAAAAAUAUAAAAAAAAAUUCAGAAUUCAGAAAUCAGAAAUCAGAAAUCAGACAGCCACACACCACCUCUGCUGCUGUACCGAGGUAUCAGACUUGACUAUGCUAGUGCACGCUACCUUAGCCCGGCCGAUGGCGAGCCUCCGGAGUCCAGAGGCGAUGAGAGGCGACGAGAGGCGACGUAGCACGUAGGCCGUCAUGUGGUCGCUUGCUCGUCGGCUUGCCGCCUGCGGCCUUUUGGGACACAUGCCCCGUGCAUUGUGCAUUCGUCCCACGACCUCUCUCCUCGACUUGAAGUGGUGCAGGCAUGGAAGCCACAAAUCUGAAAGAGGUAGAGCCGGCCAGGAAAGCACUCGCCUUCGCAUCCGCACCGAGCAAAAGACGGCGACUCGGCCUUUCUGUUACCACGACUGAAAUCUUCGAGCCCGGGCAGGGAUCUGAGCUCUAUCUCGGGCCCAAGCAGAGGCAGGCACCCCUCCCAUUUUGUCCGAACAAAUCAAUCCCACUUGUUCGGCUUCCGGAAAUGUCCAGCCACUCGCCGAGGGGAAAACCGUGGCGACCGCCAACUGGCCGAUAGAUCCAGGACUACGACAGAACAGGUACUGUCUGUGUAUUCCUCAGCCAGCGUCCCCAUGGCGCGCGCCACAAGGGACGAUCAGGGCGCGCUAGAAGACGCUACGGAAUGUCCAACCGAGCGUCGUGAAAGAAGCUCCAACAAUCGCCGCCUGUCCUGUCGAUCAGCUACCUAGCCUGGGGAGCGGCCUUAAAAAAAAUGUUUCCACGACCUGGGCAACGGCAUAUGUAUCUAGGUUGGUACCUAGAUACCUAGGUGGACGCCAAGCACCUGCACCAACUGCCGGGACUACUUGUAGGAGGCGUGGGAUCCUGGGAAAUGUGGUGCAAGCCAAGGCUGGAACCAUAUUGGGCGCAGGGAGGCACCCCCAAAGAGGCGCGCAUGUGCUCCGGGUUCAUGCCUCUUUGGCUUGGACAUCGGAACGGUGCAGCAUGGUCCAAGACUGGAGCACUCGAGAUGCAGACACGCAGGCAAAAAGCGAGAUUGAAGAAAAAGAAAACGAGGACCCAUUCAGAAGCAAAGUUCGCAAUUGCAGGAACAAAUGCAAAAAGCAAACCCCGGGUACCUAGGAGAGUCUAGGUAGGGAGGCAUGCAGUGAUAAGCUCCCACUGACUGCCGGGACGGACGGCCUUCAGAAAAGUUGCCUGCCGGUAGGUUCGCGAGCAAACACGCCCCCUCGAGAAAUAUUGGCCCAGUUUGGCAAAGACGACAGCAGGACCCGGUUUCGAGGGCCCACAUGUGAUGCAGCCCGUCAAAAGAGCCCCCAUACCUGCCAUCCGCCAUCCACGCCCGCGGACGCAGGGCAGCUCGAUGAAGCAAGUCGAUGAAGCAAGUCGAUGGAGUACGCAGUAGCUCGCUGGACCCUGGUUUCAAUUACCCUGCCUGCCCGACAUAGCCGUCGCGCCCGUCACCUUGCUAGCACUCGUCUGGGUUUCGAUCCAAGGCACAGCAAGCGCCAGAACGGCGGGGGCUUCCCUUCCAGCCUCGCCCGAUGCGCUCCCACGGCACCGCCAGUGCCUAGCAGAGACCGUUCCCGCCUCUCCUUCUCGAUGCGGGAGCCCGCAGUGGAGGCCCAAUGUUUGCGCUCGGGUCCCAGGCUGGCCCUUGCUCGCUUAGGUAUGUGCGCUAGGGGGCGUGGCCCUGUGGGGUAUAGCGGCUUGCCUGGUGCUGGACAGGCAUCCCGGUUGGGGGAUGGAGCUACCCACAUAGGUUAGGUGGUUAGGUGGUUAGGUGGUUAGGUAGCAGGUACCUACCGACCGGGGCAGGUACGUGCCUAGUCCUGCCAACCGCACUCCAGCCAAAGAAGGUUCAUGUUUGUGGAGGCUCAAAGUGAGUUCGCAGCUUGGAAGCCGCUACGAUGCCCGGGUGUAGGCUUGAUAAUCAGGGAAAAAAAGAACAAGGCAAGGGGAGGAAGCGCAUGGACCCGGCGGUGCCGUUGGCACUUGCACACAGCAACACACGCAGCACACACACUCACACACACCACACACACCGCACGGCACACAGCGCGCGCUUGCCGGACCUGCCUGCCUGUCUCCAAUCCCGGCAGGUGGGGAUAGAUCGCACCCUCUAGUUUGGGAGGUAGUCUUGGACAAAGGAAGCUACUAGCUGCCGACCAGGUGCACCCUCUCAACACACCCGUCCGCUCCGCCGGCCCACCAGUGAUCACACUCUAUCCCAUAAUAUCCAUCACCUUCCUAGGUUCUAGGAACGAACACCUACCAAGCCCAACUCCCCGCCGGCGAGCUCGCAAGAACUACAAAGGGACCAUGACCGCUAUGAAAGGUGUCCCGUCGCCGCCGGGGGUGACGUGCCAGUCCGCCUUUCUGGCACAGCCCAAUCCUCAGGACCCAUACCGAUAUCAGGUUGGGUUCGGGAACCGGUUCGCGUCUGAAGCCAUCCCCGGAACGCUUCCAAGGGCGUGCAACACGCCGCAGAAGGUCAAGUACAACCUGUACGCGGAGCAGCUGAACGGCAGUACCGUUGCCACCGCUCGUGCUACCAUCCAGCAUGUCUGGAUGUACCGCAUCUACCCGGCCGUGGCUCAGGGCCGAUGUAUCCCCCAGGCCAGCCUCAACCCACAUCUCGAGUCGAGGUUUGGGUCAAACAACGAAAAGGUCGAGUUUGUUCCCCAUGCGCUCUGCUGGCUGCCACUCCCGAUCCCUUCCCCGCAGGAGAAGCUUGUAGACUUCGUCCAGGGCCUGAAGACACUGGCCGGCACCGGAGAUCCGACCACCAAUGAGGGCGUGGCCAUCAGCAUCUACUGCGCGAACCGGUCCAUGGGAAAACGGGCUUUCUGCAACAACGACGGCGAUUUCUUGAUCCUCCCCCAGCAGGGACGCCUGGACAUCCAGACCGAGUUUGGCAAGAUGAUGGUUCGCCCCGGCGAGCUUGUGGUGAUCCAGGCCGGCAUAUAUUUCAGCGUCGGCCUGCCCGAUGGCAACUCCCGAGGCUAUGUCCAAGAGCUCUUUGGAAGCCACUACGAGCUGCCGGAGCUGGGGCCCAUGGGAAGCAACGGGCUGGCCAUGCCGCGGGACUUUGAGUUCCCCAUAGCAUCGUUCGACUUGGACAAUUCCGAGUGGGAGAUUGUCACCAAGCUCGCCGGCAAGCUUUGGACCUGCAAGAAGAGCCACUCGCCGUUUGAUGUGGUCGCAUGGCAUGGAAACUACAUCCCGUACAAGUACGCCCUGGAGAAAUUCGUCAGCGCCGCGGUGGCGGACAGGGACCAGAGCGACCCAACCAUCGCGUGCGUCCUCACCGCGAGGUCCCGGACGCCCGGUGUGCAGAUGGUCGACUUUAUGGCCUUCACCCCGCGGUGGAACGUGGCCUCUGACAGCUAUCGUCUCCCGUACUAUCACCGCAACAUGGCUGCCGAGAUCAUGGGUCUGAUAUACGGAAAGUAUGGGGGCUCGAGCAAGGACCUGCGGCCAGGGGGUCUGAACGUUCAGCCCAGCUAUAUGCCGCACGGAGAGACACACAGAGCCUUCAUGGAGGCGACCACAAAGGAGCUACGGCCUGAGAGGGUUGGCGAGGGGUCAUUGGCGUUUAUGUUCCAGGUGGCAGCCCACUGUUCCGUGACAAAGUACGGCCUGGAAGAAACGGGAUCGUUGACGGAGGCCCCCGCCUCGCUCUGGGCCGACAUGGAAGGCCACUUCUUCGACCACCUGGACGAGGCGAACGAGGACCUGGCGAGGAUGGGACUACAGCAGCUGGGUGCUAUCCAGCGCUCGUAGGCUUACGGGUGUUGACAGGGCAUUUUUCUGCUUUUUUUUUGUAUUUCUUUUUGUUGUUCCGUCAUCUCACAAUACAUAUAUGUAUCUAUAGAUCAGAAGGGUUCGGACCUUGGCAGGAUGUGAAGAAGGGGGGUGUGGCUCGACGGGGGUCAUGGAACCGGGGAGCAGGUUGAGCGGGGGAAUCGAUUGGGUUUGCUGGCGGCGUUGGAAGGAGGAGGGGGGAAUACCUACUACUACUCGGAUGGCAUCAACCAUGACAGAGGGAAGCUAAAGACGAGGAAUCAUGACAUGUUGAGUUCACGGG